AUGAGUGAUGAGAGCACGAGGAAGCGGCUUGACCACGACACCAUGACGACGACCCUCAGUACGGGGCUAAGGCAUCAGUGGGACUCGAUGAUCGUACAAUACACGGGCGGAGCUUACAACGGCAGCGACAGCGUCACCUUCAAACAGUCCACAGCGCUCAUACUGCAAAAUGUGGUCAACUCCGUAGAGUCCGAAGGAGUCCGCUAUCUGGUCGCUUGGAGCAUCUUCCGUCAGGGAUUGGAGGUUGCGCUGCCAGGUAGACAGGCAGCCGAGUCUGGGAAAACUCUCGAAGCCGUUUGUUACGACCACGUCAAGGGUGUCAUGGAGUCCGCGCUGACAAGUCGAUACCUAUUGGCCAUGGUCAGCAUGCACGCUCUUCGUGAAACAAAGGAAAUGGUUCGAAGACUCGCAGACACCCUCCGGCGCUCUCUAGAGGCGUCCCAGUGGCUCGAAGGAAAUUCCCGCACAGUGGCCCUUCAGAAGCUCGAGAACAUGGCGGCGAACGUCGGUCAUCCGGCGCAACUGGACAACGCAGCGAAGUUGGAAAAGUACUACAGCGUCUUUGAUGACUCCACGGAUAGCUUCUUCGCAACGUGGCUGAGCGCCCGCAUGGCCUACCAGCACAGACUGCUCACCGACAAAGAAACCUAUUUCUUCGAUUCUGCGACGGUGAACGCCCACUACGUGCGAUGGGCGAACCUCAUCAUCAUACCGGCAGCGAUCCUUCAGCCGGAAAUAUAUUUCUCGAAAGGUCCUCUGUCAGCCGCCUAUGGAAGCCUUGGACAGGCACAGACGCACGUUGACGCCCAGUCUCGGCAACCCGCCCUCAACUACACAGCCGCCCUUAACGACCCAGCCGCCCUUAACGACACAACCUCCCUUAACGACACAGCCGACUCGGAGAACCUCGCUGACCUCGGUGGGACUCUGAUGGCGUUCAGUGCCUUCGACUCGCUCGCCCCGUCGAAGCGCGACGUCGUGCUGCCGGCCCUGAAUCUGACCGCACGGCAGCUUUUCUUCGUCUUCCAGUGCUCGAAGUGGUGUUACUACCACGGCGGCAGGACUGGUCGGCACGCUAGCGGCAGGUACCGCUGUGUCGUACCGGCCAUGAAUAUGGACGAGUUUUCCGAGGCGUUUCGUUGCAAGCCGGGCGAUCACAUGUACCCCGAGAAUAAAUGCGCCCUAUGGUGA